UCUCUUUUUUUUUCCCCUUCAGCACCCAUAUAGAAGAUGUAGACCAAGAUCUUAAAAUGGAAGCACGUAAUGACAUUAUAUCUCUGAGACUGGAAGAUGAUGAAAUUGGGAAGCUCCAGUAUGCUAAUACGGGCAUUGAUGGUGAGGAUUGCUUCCAAAAACAUAACUCAUCAGUAUAUUCUGACAUACUGAGUGAUCCAUUCACAAGUGAAUGCAUCCCUAGUACAGAAGAUGAAUGGCGUAAUUUGUUUUUAAUGGACUACAAUCCUCAGACAGACUUGCUAGUUUGUAUGGUUUGUGGUGGAUUGCAGCAUCUACAAAGUCUUGAAAGUGUAAAGAACCAUAUUAUUGAGAGUCAUCCUCACUCCCUUCACUUGAAUGCUGAGGAAAGGCAUAGAAUCCUGAUAACUUGGGAUGAACAGGUUUCGCAGAGGGAACGCUUUUUCCUAUCACAACUGCAACAAGGCAUUACUCUUAAUUCAUCAGAAAAAUCCAAGAAUGUUCCUGCAGAGAUUGAAGUUUUUGUCGAGCCAGAAGAACAGCCAGGAAUCAAGAAGCACAAUACUUUAAAGGGGAACAGGAGAAGCAUGGGUAGGUUAUAAACCGUUUUUGUAAUA